CACACAUACACGCCCUCGCUCACUCGAUUACUCGAUAGUCGAUAGCGCGCGCGCGCACACGGACGGGCGUCAGUUCGCGGUUUGCGCUUGCUCCGUAACCGUUUUCGCAGUCGCCGCCGCUGUCGCAGUUCGCAGGCGCAUAGCGGUCCCCCACCCGAAUAACCACUGUAGCCUCUGCGGUUCGAUAUUAUUAUUUGUUGUAAUUUGCCGCGAGCGCGCGCGCCAGUUCGGUGUUUAUAAUAAUCCGUCGCCGGUCGUGUCAUUAUCGCCGUUGUCGUAGGUUCUCCGGACACGGUAUAUCCCGAUAAAUCGGAUUAUUUUUCGCUCCCCUAAAAAGUCGUAUUUUUUAUUCGUAGUGUUUUUGCGAUUUAUUAUAUUCUGUGGUGAGUGCGUGUGAAAAAGUUUCCCCGGUACAACGCGGUAAGGGUUCGCGUCCGAAAGUUUGCUACCGCCGGCGGCCUGUCCAUCGGGUGCGGUAGCCUGUAGCGGGUCAUCGCCUUCGUCGUCUUUGUGGACACCAGCGCAGCCCCAAGACAUUUACCAUAACAUGCGUUACUCCGCGCACUGCAGAAGAUGGUAUCGAUGACCGGCACAACACCGGUACGGCACCGUUGCGGUUAACGGCGGUCGGUGGUGUGAAUCCGUCCCGGCGCGUAUAAUAGCUGCGCGCAUUAAGAUUUCAGCCCUAGCGAAAGUUGGCCGGAAGAUGGGCUGUGCUAUGUCAGCGGAGGAACGGGCCGCCCUGGCCCGGAGCAGGCAGAUCGAGAGGAACCUCAGGGAGGACGGCCUGCAGGCGGCCAAAGACAUAAAACUGCUGUUGUUAGGUGCUGGAGAAUCAGGGAAAAGUACAAUAGUCAAACAGAUGAAAAUUAUUCACGAGAGCGGUUUCACGUCAGAAGACUUCAAACAAUACAGGCCUGUGGUAUUCAGUAACACAGUCCAAUCACUGGUUGCCAUAUUAAGAGCAAUGCCAAAUCUUGGAAUUGGAUUCGGCACCAACGAACGGGAGGUAAGAAAAACUGAUGCGAAAAUGGUGUUGGAUGUAAUUCAAAGGAUGGAAGAUACUGAACCAUUCUCGGAAGAAUUGCUGACUGCUAUGAAGAGACUGUGGGCCGAUCCUGGCGUGCAAAUGUGCUUUUCUCGGUCAAAUGAAUAUCAGCUCAACGAUUCUGCUAAAUAUUUUCUGGACGAUCUGGAUAGGUUAGGGUCCAAAGAUUACCAGCCCACAGAACAGGAUAUAUUGCGUACCAGAGUAAAAACCACUGGUAUUGUAGAAGUGCAUUUUUCAUUUAAAAACCUUAAUUUCAAAUUGUUUGACGUUGGUGGUCAGCGAUCAGAAAGGAAAAAGUGGAUUCAUUGCUUCGAAGAUGUCACGGCGAUCAUAUUUUGUGUUGCCAUGUCAGAGUACGAUCAAGUGCUCCACGAAGACGAAACAACGAACCGGAUGCAAGAGAGUUUAAAGCUUUUUGAUUCAAUCUGCAACAAUAAAUGGUUCACCGACACGUCCAUCAUAUUGUUCCUGAACAAAAAGGACUUGUUUGAAGAGAAAAUCAAGAAAUCGCCGCUCACAAUAUGUUUCCCGGAAUACGCAGGUGCCCAAGAGUACGGAGAAGCCGCCGCCUAUAUCCAGGCGCAGUUCGAGGCAAAGAACAAAUCGACCACCAAAGAGAUCUACUGUCACAUGACGUGUGCGACGGAUACCAACAACAUACAGUUUGUGUUCGACGCAGUCACAGACGUCAUCAUCGCCAACAACCUAAGAGGAUGCGGACUGUAUUAGAUCACACUGCGGCGCCGUACAAGCAGUUUACACGCGUUAAAGGUUUGAUUUUAAGUACAUGAAAUUCAAUGCACACAUUUCCAAAAUGGCCAGUUUCGGUGUUCAUGUUAAUUUAAGGCGAUGCAUCGUACAAUAUGAAAAUACACAUACGCACACAUAUUACCUAAAAAAAAUGUACCAUAAACGUGUUACCUAUCCUUUUUAUUUUAUUUUAAGUUUUGAACCAAUUUUAAAAUUAGCUUAAAAAUAUAUUCGGAUAUUAUAUUUAAAAAAGAAUAGGUAUAAUGUUAUAUAAAGUUUUCAUUUCAAUAAUUUUAUAAAAUAAACAAUAUUAAAUAUUAUCUAUAUAUUAUAAUUUUUUUUUAUCAGAACAAAUUUGUAUCAAUUGAGAAAAUGGGUAUAAAAAAAUCAUGUAUAUGAUAAACCAAUUCAUAUGCUUAAUAUUGCACAGUAGUUUACUUAACAAUUUUAACAAUUUUAAAUUCAAAUAAGUAUAUACUUAAAUAAUAUACGUGAGGACCAAACGUAAACAAAUUAAAUUUUGACUAACGAACAAAAUCAGACUUGAUAAAAAAAUUCUUAAAACAAUUUGCGCACAAUUUUCUACUGUCAAUACAUUAAUCAAAUAUUAUAAUCAAACCAGCAUAUCGUUAAACCGCUAUGACUCAUGAGUAUUUAAUGAAAAUUCUUCAGUGCCUAUUAUUAUUUAAUUAUAAUAAUUCAAAAAUAAAUUAAAAUUGUUGUAAAAAUUUAAUUAAAUAGACAUAAUAUUCUAGCAUUGAAAUUCUAUUACAUUAUAUAGACAAAUUUUGUUUUCUGUGUAAAUAUGAAAAAAAAAAGCGUAGAAUAGAUUUGUUUAGCUUUUAAUCACUUAAAUUUAAUUAUAUACGAAACUUAAUUUAGGACAGUAAAUGUGAAUACAAAAUUUACACAUUAUAAUUAUUAUUACUAUAACUAAUUGUACUACGGCACAGUGAUUUUUAUUCAAUGUUUUAUUCAAACCAAUUUUUUUUAAAUUGUUUACAUUAAAAAUAAUUAAGAAUAAAAAAAUUAAAUUAAAAUACAUUGUUAUUAAGGCUUGACAGAAACAAUUAAACAUGAAGCCCACUUUUUAUGUAAGUGUAAAUACAAAUUUUUGGAGUUUAACAAAAAAUAAAAUAAAAAAAAUCCAUGAGUAUAAUCACUUUUUCCCAUUUUGUACAAAUCUUGUUUCCUCUCCCUAAAAACAAAUAGAGCGAGGAACUAAUGAUCAUAUUAUAUUGUUUCACAUUGAAGUUGUUGGUUCUUUUGAGUGCAAAAUUACAUAAAAUUAUGUUUAGGUAUUUAUUUACCCAUUUUUGUUUUUAUGUAUUUAUGUUUUUUAUUUAUUUUUUUUUUAGUAUUAUAUUAUAGGUUUAUUUUGUACAAAUGUUUAAAAAGAAAAUCCUUGUAAACAAAUUCUGUUCUAGUCAUAGACAUUUAUAUUUACAAAAUUAUUACUAAAUAUUAUAAAAUAAUAAUAAUAAUUACUACUUAUAUUAAUAAUAAUAAAAUUGUCUCCGUACAAGGUUGGA